GGCCUCCCAGGAGAGGAAACGUCCUGAGCUGGCUUGGACCAUGGCGCUGCUCGGGGAACCUGCAGGAGCCUGGCUGGCUCUCACGCUGGCCUUGGCCCUGGGCCCACGCACGGGCGGGGCGGCCCCACGGCAGGACUGCACGGGUGUCGAGUGCCCGCUGCUGGAGAACUGCAUCGAGGAGGCGCUGGAGCCGGGGGCCUGCUGUGCUACGUGUGUGCAGCAGGGCUGUGCCUGCGAGGGCUACCAGUACUACGACUGCCUGCAGGGCGGCUUCGUGCGCGGCCGCGUGCCUGCAGGCCAGUCCUACUUCGUGGACUUCGGCAGCACCGAGUGCUCCUGCCCGCCGGGCGGUGGCAAGAUCAGCUGCCAGUUUAUGCUGUGCCCAGAGCUGCCGCCCAACUGCAUCGAGGCCGUGGUGGCGGCCGACAGCUGCCCACAGUGCGGCCAGGUAGGCUGCGUCCACACUGGCCGCAAGUACGCUGCCGGCCACACCGUGCACCUGUCGCCUUGCAGGGCCUGCCACUGCCCUGAUGCCGGUGGUGAGCUCAUCUGCUACCAGCUCCCUGGUUGCCAUGGGAACUUCUCAGAUGCCGAGGAGGGUGACCCUGAGCGACACUACGAAGACCCCUACAGUUAUGACCAGGAGGUGGCUGAGGCAGAAGCAGCAGAAGCAGCUGCAGCCCUGGCGGGCGAAGUUCAAGCAGGCGUCGGGGGCCCUCCUGCUGCCCUGGGAGGUGGGACUCAGCCGCUGUCUACCAUUCAGGCAAGCCCCUGGCCAGCCGCCCUACCCAGGCCCACAGCAGCUGCUGCCCUGGGCCCCCCGGCCCCUGUGCAGGCCAAAGCCAGGAGAGUGACAGAGGACAGAGACGAGGUGGAAGAGGAAGAGGAGGAGGAAGAGGAGGAGGAGGAGGAGGAGGGCGAAGAGUUGGCUGCUACUGAGCAGCUGCCAACUGGUGGCCCCAAGGGCCUGGAUGAAUUGCCCACCACAGCCCCCGUUGGACCUGGUCUCCCUGUGCAAGAGAAGGAGGUGGAAGCCAGAGCAGGACCUGAAGAGAACCUCAUCCCGGAAGCGCAGGCCACCCUCCGCAGUCCUGGGCAGGAGGCAGCCGCACUUGUGCUGGGAUCAGGCAUGGCUGGUCUUACGUCCCAGCCUGUGCCGAGCUCUCCUGGGGACCUGGUCAAGCCUAGCAGCCACACCAUCCCUUCCGUGCCACCAUCUGACACAGCUCCAGUCCCACCCACCCAGGAAACGCCCAAGAAGCCACAGGUUCUGCCCCGUUCCCGAGCAGAGGAGGACACAGACCCCAACUCUGUCCAUUCCAUUCCCAGAGGCAGCACUGAAGGUUCCACCAAGGACCUGACCGAGACGUGCUGUGCGGCUGGACAGCAGUGGGCCAUCGACAACGACGAGUGCCUGGAAAUCCCCGAGAGCGGCGCCGAGGGUGACGUCUGCAGGACAGCCCAGGAGCAAUGCUGUGUCUCCUACCUCAAGGAGAAGAGCUGCAUGGCCGGUGUCAUGGGGGCCAAGGAGGGCGACACCUGUGCGGUCGAGGACAACGACACCUGUGGAGUCUCCCUGUAUAAGCAAUGCUGCGACUGCUGUGGCCUGGGACUCCGUGUGAGGGCCGAGGGCCAGCUGUGCGAAUCCAACCCUAAUCUGGGCUACCCGUGCAACCACGUCAUGCUCUCCUGCUGUGAGGGCGAAGAACCCCUCAUCGUCCCCGAGGUCCGCCGGCCCCCAGAGCCUGCAAAAAACAGAGAGGUGGUUUCAGAGGUGAGCCGGGAGGCCCUGUCGCUGGGCACAGAGUCUGAGCUGCCCAACAGCCUGCCGGGUGAUGACCAGGAUGAGUGCCUGCUUCUCCCAGGAGAGCUGUGCCAGCACCUGUGCAUCAACACGGUGGGCUCCUACCGCUGCGCCUGCUUUCCUGGCUUCUCUCUGCAGGAUGAUGGUCGCACCUGCCGCCCAGAUGGGAGCCCUUCACAGCCGGAGGCCGCACAGGAGUCUGCACUGAGGCCAGAAUCUGCCCAGAUGACUGCCAACACCAUUCCACUGCCAGUGCCACAGCCCAACACCUGCAAAGACAACGGGCCCUGCAAGCAGGUGUGCAGCAUCAUCCGAGGCUCGGCCAUGUGCUCCUGCUUCCCUGGCUAUGCCAUUAUGGCCGAUGGCGUGUCCUGUGAAGACCAAGAUGAGUGCCUGACGGGCACUCACGAUUGUAGCCGGAGACAGUUCUGUGUGAACACCCUGGGAUCCUUCUACUGUGUCAACCACACAGUGCUCUGUGCCGAGGGCUUUAUCCUCAACGCGCACAGGAAGUGCGUGGACAUCAAUGAGUGUGUGACGGACCUGCACACGUGCAGCCGGGGUGAGCACUGCGUGAACACGCUGGGCUCCUUCCACUGCUACAAGGCGCUGACCUGCGAGCCGGGCUAUGCCCUCAAGGAUGGCGAGUGCACAGACGUGGAUGAGUGGCACGCCCAACUUCCAGGCGUGCUCUCAUGCCAGAACCCCAAGGGCUCCUUCUACUGCCAGGCUCGGCAGCGCUGCAUGGCCGGCUUCCUGCAGGACCCCGAGGGCAACUGCGUGGACAUCAACGAGUGUGCCGCGCUGUCGGAGCCCUGCCGGCCGGGCUUCAGCUGUAUCAACACGGUGGGCUCCUACACGUGCCAGAGGAACCCCCUGGUCUGUGGGCGUGGCUACCACGCCAGUGAGGACGGGACCAAGUGUGUGGACGUGAACGAGUGUGAGACAGGUGUGCACCGCUGCGGCGAGGGCCAGGUGUGCCACAACCUUCCGGGCUCCUACCGCUGCGACUGCAAAGCCGGCUUCCAGCGGGAUGCCUUCGGACGGGCCUGCAUCGACGUGAACGAAUGCUGGGCCUCACCGGGCCGCCUGUGCCAGCACACGUGUGAGAACACGCUGGGCUCCUACCGCUGCUCCUGCGCCUCGGGCUUCCUGCUGGCUGCCGACGGCAAGCACUGUGAAGAUGUGAACGAGUGUGAGGCCCAGCGCUGCAGCCAGGAGUGUGCCAACAUCUACGGCUCCUACCAGUGCUACUGCCGGCGAGGCUACCAGCUGGGCGAGGACGGGCACACCUGCACAGACAUCGACGAAUGUGCUCAGGGCGCCGGCAUUCUCUGCACCUUCCGCUGUCUCAACGUGCCAGGGAGCUACCAGUGCGCGUGCCCAGAGCAAGGCUACGCCAUGACCGCCAACGGGAGGUCCUGCAAGGACCUGGACGAGUGUGCACUGGGCACUCACAACUGCUCCGAGGCGGAGACCUGCCAUAACGUCCAGGGCAGCUUCCGCUGCCUGCGCUUCGAGUGUCCUCCCAACUACGUCCGAGUCUCUGAAACGAAGUGCGAGCGCACCACGUGCCACGACUUCGUGGAGUGCCAGAACUCGCCGGCGCGCAUCACCUACUACCAGCUCAACUUCCAGACGGGCCUGCUGGUGCCCGCGCACAUCUUCCGCAUUGGCCCGGCGCCCGCCUUCGCUGGGGACACCAUCGCCCUGACCAUCCUCAAGGGCAAUGAAGAGGGCUACUUCGGCACGCGCCGGCUCAACGCCUACACCGGCGUGGUCUACCUGCAGCGGUCAGUGCUGGAGCCACGGGACUUCGCCCUGGACGUGGAGAUGAAGCUCUGGCGGCAGGGCUCGGUGACCACCUUCCUGGCCAAGAUGCACAUCUUCUUUACGGCCUUCGCGCUGUGAGGGUCCUCCUGGGCCGCCCUGCAGGGGCUAUGGGGCUCGUCUUCCUUACCCCAGCAAGCACACUUCUCCUGCUGCCGCUCAGCGUCACGCUCUGUCGCGUGGGCAGGGUGGCUGGAUUAUUACUGUGGUGGUUUUAUUUUAGCUUCGUAAAUUAACUUAAUUUUGUUGACUUGGUUCCUCUUGGAUUUCUGGGCCUCUCCAAUGCCGCGCAGUAGGGAGCUUGGUGGCAGGAAGCCUUUCACGCAGGCACUAAGUGGGGGCUUUGAGGGCUGUCCAGGGUCAUCGGGGUACCUGCGAAUAAGGGCUCAGAGGCUGGACGAUGGCCUGCAGAUCAGAAACAGCCACCAGGUUGGGGCUGUUGGACUCGCCCGGAUGACCCGUCCCUAAAGCUGACGUUCCAUUUCCGGUUCCACUGUGAUUCCUGCUUUGCUUUUUUUAAAAAAUCACUUUUAAGUUUUUCUGUUUAAUUAUAAAAGUAGUAUAUGUACAUUGUAAAAAAAAAUAAGUCAAAUAGUACAAAAGGGUUAUAAAGUAACAAAGUAAAACACCUCCAGGUCCUCUUCUGUUUGUAGUUGUAGAGUUUUGACGGUGUCCAGAUGGCACCGAGUCCCCAGCAGCGUGUCAGAUCGAGGCCUUCCUCCAUGCCUUUCUGUCAGGCUUUUUGUUUUUUUUUUUUGAGAGGUUUUCGCUAUAGGGCACGUGCACUCACCAUAAA